AUGCCACACGGAAACGACCACGGCGGCGGCCAGAGCAACGCGACGGGGUGGCCCAACACGACAAAGCACCACGACGGCGGGCACAAGCCCGAGCCCCACGCCCACGGCGGCGCCCACACGACGGGCAACAUGAGCGGCGGCGUCGGCAAGCAAGGCAACCAUUUGGGUGGCAACCAAGGCGGCAGUGGCGGCAAAAACUAG